AUGGCCACCUCAGCUGUCGCUUCAUAUCAGAACCUAUCAGGAUUGUCUGUCCCCGCCCCUGUCCCCGCCUCCCCCACUACACAGUCCUCUGCGCUUCCUCUCUCUCAUCAGAUCGGCAUUGCGAUCCUCGUGCUGGCUUUUGUGUUCGGUUUCCCCGGGAACCUGUUUGUCGUAUGGUCAGUGGUGUGCCGCGUGAAGCAUCGCUCUGUCACAUGUUUACUGGUUCUGAAUUUGGCCGUCGCUGAUGCCCUGGUUCUGCUCAGCGCUCCUCUGUUUCUUCGGUUCCUGGCCGGGGGACGGGGAUGGGAAUUCGGCGGGGCCAUGUGCAAGACGGUGCACUAUCUGUGCUGUGUCAAUAUGUACGCCUCCAUCUAUCUGAUCUGUCUGAUGAGCGCGGAUCGCUGGCUGGCCACCACGCGGCCUUUUCUCUCUCAGAGGCUGCGAACGAAACGGACUAUCAGGACAGCCAUGCUGGGGAUCUGGAUACUGGCCUUCCUGUUUUCUUUACCCAUGCCGUUCUAUCGCAGUAACCUUCAGCCUUUCCUCCAUAAGAACGUCUCUGUUUCCAUCUGCAUGCCGUACCACUGGAAGAGCGUGAAACACGAGGUCUUUCAGUACGUCAUGGAGACCGCACUGGGCUUCGCGCUUCCUUUCACCUUCAUCGUCUUCUGCUACACCUCCGUCAUCCUCCGCCUGCGGAGCGCCAUGUUCCAGCGCCGCGGACGAGGAAGCUGCCUCAUCCUCCUCAUCAUCGUCGCUUUCGCUUUGUUCUGGCUCCCCUAUCACCUGAUCAAUGUCAUCCAGGUGAUUGGGUUGGCGGGAGGAAGCCCCUCUGCUCUCAGCGCUGCAAAGGUCGCCAGGCCCAACGUGACGGCCUUUGCCUUCAUGAGCAGCAGUGUGAACCCUGUGCUCUACGUUUUUGCUGGCAGUUCUCACAUUCGGCGCGCUGGCCUUGGAUUCAUGGCUAAACUCUUUGAAGGAACCAACUCUGACUUCAACUCCAGUCGCAGCACGCGCACCAGUUUCAGCUCCAGCCCCGGGGAAAGUUCCGUCUUCACCAAAAUGUCCCUCAAACUGGGGGGCCGGAAAAAAAGCACCGGAGUGGAGGAGGGGCUAAGGGUGGACGCUCCGAGUCAGGCGGAGCUUCAGACUCUCAACACCACGGAUUAA